UGCUUUUGCUUUCACUUUACAUUAUCGGUAGCUGAAACACUGAGUAUUAGUGUCUACACACAUAUAUACACAAAAAUACACACACACACACACACAAACACACACACUUCGAAACACACAAGCAAGAAAUUAGCUGAAAGGACAGAAAAACUCUGAACCUUCUAAAUGGCUUUCAAAUACCCGGAAGCACGAAGAGACGAGAAUAAGGUGGAUGAUUAUCAUGGUGUAAAGAUCUCUGAUCCGUACUGGUGGCUGGAGGAUCCUGAUAGUGACGAGACCAAGGCAUUUGUAGAGGAGCAGAAUAAACUCUCCCUACCGUUCCUGGAUCAGUGUGAGAUCCGAGAAAAGUUUCAUCAACGACUCACUGAACUGUACAACUACCCCAAAUACAGCUGCCCCUAUAAGAGAGGAGACAGGUAUUUUUACUUCCAUAACAAAGGUCUGCAGAAUCAGGACGUGUUGUACGUACAGGACUCUCUGAACAGUCCCGCUUCUGUUUUCUUUGAUCCCAACAAGCUGUCUGAGGAUGGAACCGUAGCUCUAAAAAUGGGUCGUCUGUCGGAGGAGUGUGAGUAUUUUGCGUAUGGUCUGAGCAGCGCCGGUUCUGAUUGGGUGACGGUGAAGUUUAUGAAGGCUGAUGAUGUCACUCAGCUUCCUGAUGUUCUGGAGAGAGUGAAGUUUAGCUGCCUCGCCUGGAGCCAUGACGCCAGGGGCAUCUUCUACAACUGCUACCCCCUGCAACAGGGCAAGGCUGAUGGCACCGAAACGACCACUAACCUGAACCAGAAACUCUACUAUCAUGUGAUCGGCACCAGCCAAUCAGAGGACGUGUUGGUGGCCGAGUUCCCAGAGCAUCCGAAAUGGUGCAGCAGCGUCACUAUAUCAGAUGAUGGACGUUACGCCAUCUUGUCCAUCACUGAAGGUUGUGAGCCUGUAAACCAGUUGUGGUACUGUGACUUACACCAGCUACCCAAUGGCAUCUCAGGUUUGUUGCCGUGGGUGAAGCUGGUGGAUACGUUCGAGGCGCAGUACUCCUACGUCACCAAUGAGGGCACUGUGUUCACCUUCCAAACCAACCUGGAAGCUCCGCGUUACUGCGUCAUCAACAUCGACCUGCAGAAACCAGAGAGAGAGAACUGGAGCACACUGAUACCUGAACAUGACAAAGAUGUCCUGGGGUUUGUGGAAUGUGUCAAUCAGAACUUCCUGCUUCUGAAUUACUUACAUGACGUGAAGGACACGCUGCACCUGUACGAGCUCUCGAGCGGCCGCUGGGUCCGUGAGCUGCCUCUAGACGUGGGCACGGUGGUGGGGAUCAGCUGCAAGAAGAAACACACAGACUUCUUCUACAAAUUCACCUCCUUCACCACACCUGGAAUCAUCUACCACUAUGACCUGAGUAAACCAGACGCAGAACCCACAGUGUUCAGACAGGUGGAGGUGAAGGGAGUGCAGUUCUCUGAUUAUCAGACCACCCAGGUUUUCUAUCCUAGUAAAGAUGGCACAAAGAUCCCGAUGUUUCUGGUUCACGCUCGGGGUUUACAGAAGGACGGUUCACACCCUGUAUUUCUGUACGGAUACGGAGGCUUUGAGAACUCCAUCCAACCCUACUACAACACAGCUAACCUGCUCUUCGUCAGACACCUUGGUGGGAUUCUGGCGGUGGCAAACAUCCGAGGAGGAGGAGAAUACGGUCAGACGUGGCACAAAGCGGGAAACUUGGCCAAUAAGCAGAAUUGUUUCGAUGACUUUCAGUGUGCGGCUGAGUUUCUGAUCCAGCAGAAGUUCACCACAGAGAACCGCAUCGCCAUCAACGGAGCGUCCAAUGGGGGACUGCUCGUGGCUGCUUGUGUGAACCAGCGUCCUGAUCUGUUCGGCUGUGCUGUGGCUGAGGUCGGAGUCAUGGACAUGCUGAAGUUUCACAAGUUCACCAUUGGUCACGCCUGGACCACCGACUACGGCUGUGCAGACCACCCUGAGCAGUUCAAAUGGCUCAUCAAGUACUCACCCCUCCAUAACCUCCCAUCUGUGGAUUCUGAAGGUCCUCCCUUUCCAGCCAUUCUGCUCCUGACAGCAGAUCACGAUGACCGUGUGGUUCCUCUACACACACUGAAGUAUACGGCGACGCUGCAGCACGGUGUGGGCCGCAGAGCCAAUCAGAAACAACCGCUCCUGGUCCGAGUGGACACGCGCUCUGGGCACGGAGCCGGAAAACCCACCGCCAAGGCCAUCCUGGAGGAUACACACAUCUUCUCUUUCAUAGCUCAGACACUCGGCCUCUGCUGGAGAGAGUAAGACAGGCAGAGGGUGAGACAGGCAGAGAGUGAGACAGGCAGAGAGUGAGACAGGCAGAGAGUGAGACAGGCAGAGAGAUAUAUCCAAACAACCAACACUAUGAUAUUUUUAAAUCCUCCAAAAUCACACAGUUGUAUUUCUUAAACCAGAUCAGUUAAUGUUUUUAAAUCGAACUGUACUUUUUACAGUGUGUUUAUAUUUGGUCACUUUUCACUCCAACAGGUUUAACGGUUAAAUAAAAAACUCAUGUGGCUUUGAUUCAA